UUUUUCAGGGGACAAUCUAUAUCUGUGUGUAUAUAUAUACACACAGAGAUAUAUCUGUAUAUAUAUGUAUGUAUAUUUAUCUCUAUUGCUUGCUUUACAAUAGGAAAACGUAACAACCAGAAUGGAUAACACAAGCCACAUUCACAAUCUCAACAACAAUGGUUUUAACCUUGAGAUCUCACAACCAUCUUUAACGGAGUGUUUGGGGUAAGGAGUGAAAUAGUGUGGAGUAUGGAGUUAUGAAGUCUUGUGAAUCCUUGGAGCUCACGGUGUAAGGAAUUGAUAAGAUAUGAAAUUGAUGUUUUUAGUAGUAGGAUCUACUAACUUUUUUAGCCAAACAAGGAGCAGAGUUCUAUACUUCUACAUCCCAACUCUUUGGACUAAACAUACUCUAAAAAGACUUUAGACCGCACCAAUUAGAGAUCCUUUGGAGUCAUGAAUCACACAUCCAACAGGACCAACACUGCCAAUCCCUUUCAAAUAAUAUCACAUGUAUUAGUUAGUUUGUGUACUAUUGUUAAAUCACUCCAUGAAGAAUUCACAAGGGAAGGGACUAGUAGUGGUGACUCGAGAUUCUCCCACUGGAGGGUUGUGUAGUAGCCACAAAUCAUCACAUAAUCUCAGCCAUGCAACACUCUUUCGCACUAUAUACGAGUACAAAAUAAAUCAAAGUUGAAAAUAGAACAAAAGUUGAAAGUAUAAAGAACAAAAUAUAUGUUUUGAAAGUAUAACCAUCAAAAUAAAUCAAAGUAGUUGUUGAUGUUAAAGUAAUAAAAAAAAAAGGUUCAAGAAAGUAAGGCCUCCUUCCCUAGAUAAAAAAGCAUCUUUAAAUUAAGGUAAGAAGUUUGAUUGGUUUAUUUUCUUUCCUUGUUGAUCACUCCUCUUUAAAUCUUAGUGUCUUAUCCCACCCACCAUUGUCAACAUCACUCCCUUUGUUUCAGUCCCACACUCCAUUUAUCUCAAGUCAACAAAUUGAAUCGCAUAGAUCCUGGCCACUCAUCUUGAUAUUCAGGUCCGAAAAGAGGAAAAAAAAAGUGCACUCUGCAAGUUGGCUUUCUUCUUAAACAAUCUUCAUGUUGAGUCAACAGCACAGUUUUUUGGUUCAACUUUGUUUUAAGACAUUCUUAUUCUCUAUUAGAAGCAAUCGUAAUUUGAUUGAGUUCCCAUUCCAUGGCGGAGUAUUCAAAUCCCACAUAUAGCUGUAGAAAUUGCCGCAAUCCACUUGCCUCCGGAGCCCAUCUCCUUUCUAAAUCCUUCUGGGCAAAAUCAGGGAAAGCAUUCCUAUUCUCAGAAGCAAAGAACAUAGUGGAAGGACAUAAAGAGCAGAAGCAGCUGAUAACAGGCAUUUUCAAAACUGCUGAAAUACACUGCAAUGUCUGUGGACAAGUUUUGGGUUGGAAGUAUCUUAAAGCUUAUGACCUCAAACAGAAGUACAAGGAAGGAAAGUUCAUCAUUGAAACGGCUAAGAUUUCAAAGGAAUACAAUUAGUGUUAUAGUGAAUCAUAUCAUUAUCGAUAUUGUUAUCAAAUACUGUUUGAUCUGCAGAAAUAUAUCUAUAUAGUGUGUGUGUGUGACAUGUGUAUAUAUUAAAUAUUUCCAUCACCCAUCUGUGUAUCAUUAUCUAUGUAAAAGAAUCCCAAUAUUUUACCAAAAAAUCGACUACUAUGCUAUCGUUUGGAGUUUACAAGUUGAA